AUGCAGCUCCUGAUCGGCAAGAAGCCGGGCGACGAGGAGCUCAAGUGCUUCCUGGCGCUGUCGAUCACCGCCACCGAGUUCACCGUGGGCGCCGCGGACAAGAAGUACGCGAGCUGCGGCCCGCAGCUGGCCGUCUCGCCCGAUGCCGAGCUGCUCUUCUCGGCCAACGCCGUGUGCCGCUUCGUGGCCGCCAACGCCGGCCAGCUGCAGAGCGACGACCUGGCCGUGGACGAGUGGCUCGAGUGGGAGGCCAACACGCUGGCCCCGUGGCUGCGCGUGGCCAAGGCGGCCAGCAACAAGAACGGCGAGCUGGACGCGCAGCUGACGGCCAUGCUGGAGGCCAAGGAGGAGGCGCGCCCCAAGAACGGCGGCGACCUCGAGUUCCUCUUCGGCUCGGAGCUGUCGCUGGCCGACGUCGUGGCCGGCGUCACGUUGCGCGCCGCCUUCAAGCUCAUCAAGGAGCAGAAGGACGAGGCCCCCGUGCUGCAGACCUUCCGCAAGUACGUGGCCCAGCUCUUCGCCCGUGAGGACGUGGCCAAGGGCGUGGCCAGCAUGAAGAACGCUGGCAAGGCUGCCAAGAAGGGCAAGGGCGGUGCCCCCGCUGCUUCCGGUGCCCCGGCCGCGGCCGUCAAGAACGUCGUCCGCUCCACCUUCAAGCUGGACGACAAGCUGGCGCAGGGCCUGACCUACCACAACGUCCUGGGCGUUGUCGAGUCCAUUUUCGACGCGGCCAUCAAGGCCGCCUACCCCAGCGUGAACGUGCCCGUCGAGGUUGCCCGCACCACCGCCAAGAACGCGCAGUUUGGCGACUACCAGUGUAACUCGGCCAUGUCCAUCUUCACGGCUCUCAAGGGCACGCCCGACGCCGCCCGCUCGCCCCGUGACGUGGCCAACACCAUCAUUGCUGCCAUGCCCGAGACGCCGGUGCUGGACCGCCUCAGCGUUGCCGGCGCGGGUUUCAUUAACGCCUUCCUGACCAAGGAGUUCGUGUCCAAGCGCCUCGGAAAUGUGCUGGCCAACGGCGUGAAGCCGGCGCCACAGGAGAAGCAGACCAUUGUUGUCGACUUCUCAUCGCCGAACAUCGCCAAGGACAUGCACGUCGGCCACCUGCGUUCCACGAUCAUCGGUGACACCAUGUGCCGCAUCCUCGAGUUCCAGGACCACGACGUCAAGCGUAUUAACCACGUCGGUGACUGGGGCACCCAGUUCGGUAUGCUGAUUUGCCACCUCACGGAGACGUACCCGACCUGGGAGACAGAGAUGCCGAACGUGACGGACCUGACGCUACUGUACAAGGCCGCCAAGGAGCGCUUCGACGCUGACGCGGACUUCCACGAGCGUUCCAAGGCACAGGUGGUGCUGCUGCAGUCCGGCGACGAGAAGUCCUGCAAGGUCUGGAACACGCUGUGCGAGAUUAGUCGCAUUGAGUUCCAGAAGGUGUACGACCGCCUCGGUGUUUCGCUCAAGGAAAUGGGCGAGUCGUUCUACAACCCGAUCAUCCCGAGCGUCCUCGACAUUCUGCGCGCCAAGGGCCUCAUGGAGAUGAGCAACGGCGCCGAGGUGAUCUUCACCAAGACGCACAAGCAGCCGUUCAUGCUCGUCAAGAGCGACGGCUCGUACCUGUACGACACGACGGAUAUCGCCGCUCUGUGGUACCGCCUGCACGAGAUGAAGGCCAACCGCGUUAUCUACUACACGGACUACUCGCAGAAGGAUCACUUCAACCUGUUGUUCGAGGUUGGCCGCAUGUCGGGCAUCUACGACCCGACGAAGCAGCGCGCGGACCACGUUGGCUUCGGCACCGUGAACGACGAGUCCGGCAAGCGCUUCAAGACGCGCUCGGGUGAGGUCGUUCGUCUCGUGGAGCUGCUGGACGAGGCCAAGGUCCGCAUGAAGGCGCAGCUGGUGGAGCGUAUCGAGGCUGGCCAGACGUCGCUGCCCAUGGACCAGGUGGACGCUGCCGCCGAGAAGCUCGGCUACGGUGCCGUCAAGUACUUCGACCUGCGCCAGAGCCCCACGUCCAACUACAUCUUCAGCUUUGACCGCAUGCUGUCCACCAACGGAGACACGGCUGUGUACCUCAUGUUUGCUUACGCCCGUCUGUCGUCGAUCAUCCGCAAGUCGGGCGUCGACAUGGCUGCGCUCGUGGCGCAGCAGCAGAAGGAGGGCAACGUGCUCAAGCCCGAGCACCCGACGGAGCAGGCCCUGGUCAUCGAGCUGCUGCAGCUGCAGGACGUGAUCGUGUUCAUCAACAAGGACCUCAGCUCCAACCGCCUGUGCAACUACCUGUACACGAUCUCGGAGAAGGUGCAGACGUUCGUCACGGCCUGCCGUGUGCUGGGUAGCGAGGAGCAGAGCAGCCGCCUGCUGCUGUGCGACGCCACGCUCAAGGUCAUGAAGACGUGCUUCUCGCUGCUGGGCAUCGACCCGCUGGACCAGAUCUAAGUUGUCGGCGGCCAUUUGGCGCUCGCUAUCAGUCAGUCAGUCAGGUGAGGAUCGGCUCGUUCGGCUCGUCGGUCAUCGAAAAGUAGGUGAGGCGAAGGGUGAAGGAAUGAAAUGAAGCUCAAUAUUUGAUUAGG